GGUAUCCAUUUCUUGUUUACUGUGGCUCGAGCGAUAGCAGGGUGGGCAAGCUAUGCUUAGUUUACUCAAAGACGCCCUUAAAAUGCGUUAAUUUGCGUAAACAAGUAGUUUCUGGCCCUGUCUUGACUUCAACAAAACUUAGAAGUCUUGCUGUGGGGUUGAUUGUGUCUCGGGGUAUGUAAAUACAGUGUGCUGUAAAAUAAACAAAUUAGCAAACAUUGAGACCGAACAAGUUAAACACGGUCUGACUUGAGGAGAGAGUCACUGGCUCGUAAACAUUCUUGUACUUUAAAUUGAGGCGUCUGUAGGUUUUAUUUUGAAGGCGUUUUUAGGGGGGAUGUAUUGAGGCUCCGUUGGGUUAACCGCACAGAUGAUCGAGGUGGUGGCCUCCAUGGCCCGGGGCCCCGUGUUCCUGGCCGGGGAGCUCCUGGAGUGCCUCAUAACCUUCACUAACCCGAUGUCCCACCUCUCCACCUCCGCCAGCAGCGAGAUGCUGGCGUGGGCCAGCGCCCAGAUCCACUGCCAGUUCCACGCCAGCGAGAACAGAGUGGCCCUGCCGUCUCAGGGCAACAAGCAGGACGUCCAGGCUGACAGCGACACCGUGCUGAUUCCCAGCAGAGGAGAACGAGGGCAGUGUGUGCUGGACACACCUCCUAAGAUAUUAUUCUGCGAUCUGCGCCUUGACCCCGGAGAAAGCAAAACUUAUUCCUACAGCGAGGUGGUUCCCGUCGAUGGACCUCCUAGUUUUCGCGGCCAGGCUGUGAAGUACGUCUACAAACUGACCAUCGGCUGUCAACGAGUCAACUCUCCCAUCAAGUUGCUCCGGGUUCCCUUCAGAGUCUUGGUUCUGCAGGGAAUGCCCGAGCCUCCGUUUCCCCAGGAUGAAGAAGUUUGUCCCUCCAACCCUUUUCUGGAGGAGGAGGAAGCGAGCCGCCGGGAUGCAAGGGCCUUGGAGAGGGCGCUGGACAUGCUGAUGGUCACCACCUCGAGACGGUGCCCUCACAUGUUUAAUAUCACCAACACGCGAGGAAAAGUGGCAAAGUUCUGCAUCUUCAAGACCGUCUACAGACUCGGGGAGGACAUCAUUGGCACUUUCAACUUCUCCGAGGGAGACAUUCCCUGCCUGCAGUAUUCGGUAAGCCUUCAGAGCGAGGAGGAGAUCCAGCAGCAGUAUCAGCGGCGACCGGGACAGGCCGUCAGCGUGACUGGACACGGGCGACACCUGGAGUCCUGCCUCCACACCGCCUCCAGCCACUUCUCUCUGCCCAUACCGCUCAACGUCACGCCGGGCUUCAGCACAGACGUCGUGACCCUGAGGUGGCGGCUGCACUUUGAAUUCGUCACGGCCCGCGAGCCAAUGGAACUGCCCACCGUUCUGCAGAACCAAUCAGAGGUCACCGUCUGGGCCGGGGCGGAGCACGUGGACGUGGACACCUUCAGCUGGAACCUGCCCAUCAAAGUGCUGCCGACGAACCCGGCGCUGGCGUCCUACGUGUCCCAGUUCACCGGAACCAACAGCAUCAGCAUCUGACCAUUAGAGCUGCUGGUGUGUGUGUGUGUGUGUGUGUGUGUGUGUGUGAGUGUGAGUGUGUGUGUGUGUUUGUGUGUGUUUGUGUGUGAGAGAGAGAAAGAGAGAGAGCUGAUUUCCUUUUAAAGGUAACACAUAUUUGCACAGAGGUGCUUAUUUCCAGAUGAUAUAAGCAUGAGGAGUUGGUAGAUUCCUUUGGUAUUGAAACACGGACUGGCAGUUUGAUCGAACAUUCCUUUAGAAAAAUACGACUUUUCUUUUUCGUGGUUAUUUAUUUCCGUACCGCUUUACGCAGGAACGGUUGUUUUUAUUAUUUGGAGCUAGCGUUACCCAAGCAAGAUGUUUGUUUUUUUUCUGCGCAAGAGCUUUUGUUUGAGCUCGUGCUAAAAGCCUGCGCUGCGAUGUAAGAAGCAGAAGAAAAUAAUAAAAGUGUGACGUCAAAUUUUA